AUGGCCGCCGCACCGGUCUGCCAGAUUUUCUCAUUUCAGGACUGCAAAACUUCUCCCGAUCCCAUUUUCGAGCCUCCAACGGCAAAAUGGAGCUACACGCCGGUUCCGAUCGUGAUCGAUAACGGGUCCUUCCAGACCCGGGCCGACUGGGCGGUUAGUGACUCCCCACGACUGGUGUUUAGGUCUGUUGCCGCUCGCAGCAGAGGAGCCGCCCGCAGCGAGACUCAGAUCGGCAACGAUAUCGCGAACCUGGAGCCUCUGCGGUGGCUGCUGAAGAGUCAGUUCGAUCGCAAUGUGGUGGUCAACUUCGAGAUCCAAGAGCUGAUCUUCGACUACGUUUUUACCCACCUGGGCAUCAGCUCGGAGGGCAGCGUGGAUCAUCCCAUUGUGUUGACAGAAGCAACUUGCAACCCUCUCCACUGUCGUCAGAUGAUGUCAGAGCUGCUGUUCGAGUGCUACCAUGUCCCACACGUCUCCUACGGAGUGGACGCUUUAUACAGUUUCUACCACAACAAUGCUCUUCGAAACCUGCAGCCUCCACACACUGGCAUUGUUCUGUCCUCUGGAUAUAACUGUUCUCACAUCCUGCCAGUCAUAAACAGCAGGUUGGAUGCAGUAAACUGCAAGCGAGUGAACAUGGCAGGAGGUCAGGCAGCAGCUUACUUGCAGCGUCUACUGCAACUUAAAUACCCAGGUCACCUUGCGGCCAUCACGCUCAGUCGGAUGGAGGAACUUUUGCACGAGCACAGUUACACUGCAGUGGAUUAUCAUGAAGAGCUGGAAAAGUGGCGCAGCCCCGACUUUUACGAGCGUGAAGUUCACCGGAUGCAGCUUCCUUUCUCGGGAAAGGUUCCUGGUGGGUGUGUGAGCGUUGAGGAGAGACAAGAGAGGCGAGCGCAGCAGCUGCGACGACUACAGGAGAUCAACAGUCGCCGCAGGGAAGAGAAGCUGCAGCAGGACCAGGAGCGACUGGACAGAUUGUUGGCAGUGCAGGAACUGCUGGACAACGAUCUGCUGGACCAGUUUCACAAGAGCCUGGUGGAGCUCAACAUGGACUCGGCGGAGGAGCUUCAGUCGUACAUCAAUAAACUGCAGCUGGUGGUGGAUCAGGGGAGGCAGAAGCUGCUGCAUAGUGACGGAGCAGAGGGGAAAACAGAGGAGCUGGAGCAGCCGAUGGAUGAGGGAGAUGCGAGCGUGCUGAUGGAUCCCGACUUCCCCGAAGAGUCACUGCCAGAGAAACAUACAAAUGUAGAUCAGCCGGCCUUCAACAUGGCUGAGUACCACCAGCUGUUUGUGGGCACUGAGCGCCUUCGCUGUCCCGAGACCCUUUUCCAGCCCUCCCUGACUGGAGAGGAUCAGAUGGGACUGAUGGAAGCCCUUCAGUAUGUGCUAGCCAGGUACACUCCAGAGCAGCAGGAGGAGCUGGUGAACAAUGUGUUUCUAACAGGAGGGAACAUGAAAUAUCCUGGCAUGAAGGAGCGGGUGGAGCGAGAACUCCUGGCUAUGAGACCUUUCCAGUCCCAGUUCAAGGUGUGCGUUGCAUCUCGGCUGGACUUGGACGCCUGGUGUGGAGCGAGAGAGUGGGCCCGGGACCAUCCACCCGGAGCAGGGGACGCAGGCUGGAUCAGCCGUCAGGAAUAUGAAGAGAAGGGAGGCGAGUACCUGAGCGAGCACUGCGCCUCCAACAUUUUUGUUCCCUUGAAGAUUAACAAAACCCCUUCCACACGCCCUGCUGAGUCUUCUGUUACCAUGACGACGACAACAGGCGCCUCUUUAGCUUUGACUGAGUGCUCUGCUGCAGAUCCUGAGGACUCGUAAUGACAUUUCCAUCCAGUAGGUGGCAGUAUCAGAUAUGCUCAGCUCUGGUUUGACCCGUGCAUCUCACUUUCCAAUACAUCAAGUGUGAAGGUUCCAGGGUUGAUCCUCUGUGGCUGACCAUGGUGGCGAUGGCAGAAAUAAUGUCAAGACUCCGUAGAAGAUCACGCUUCACUCUGCUAAGCUCAUGAGGGAAACUUUUGUAAACGCAAUUGAGAUCAUAUUGUUCAUAUUGAAUAGUCAUCAAUAUUGAUUUCGCUGUUUUAAUAAAUA